GAUGGCGCGGUCGGAAUGCAGCGGGCGGCGCGGGGCGGGCGCGGGGCGCGGGGGCGGCGGCGGGCGGCAGCUGCUGGUGCUGCGGGCGCCGCCAGUCCGCCGCCGCGCGCCGACCCACGAGUGUUCCCCCGAGCUCUCCGCCGCGCCGCCCCCGCGCCCCGCCGCCGCCGCCGCACCACGCAGCGGAGCAUGCUGCAGCAGAUGCGCUCGCUCGCCGCCCGCGAGGUCGCUGCUGCGCGCGUGUUCGUGGACGCGUCCUCGGGCGCCUCCUCCGACGCCGCCGACGACGUGGACCUGCCGCAGUGCAAGAUCCGCAGGAACUACAACUGCGGCAAGUGCAACUUCUUCACGCAGAACCCGCGUGCCUACCUGGUGCACACGCGCGACAUACACUUCGAGAAGUUCAAGAUUUAUGACUGUCCCAACUGUGUUUAUGCGUCCAGACAUCAUCAGAAACUUAUUAGACACAUGAAGAUGGUUCACGCACCGGGAAACAACACGGCCUCCACUUCUAAAACGGAAAUGGAACCUCCGGCCGAAGCCGUCACCGAGCCGGAGCGGAUAGAGGACAUGCUGGAGGAGGUGGAGGACACGGCCGACAUGGAGGAAGAAGACAACGAUGAUUUGUUGAUUGAAAGAGUCGACGUAGAUCCCGAAAAUAACAGAUCCGCCGCCGCAGACGAAAGUGCGACCGCGCCGGACGGACGUAAACAAAAGUUUUUCUCGUGCAAUAAGUGUAACUAUGUGACUCAUAUUAGAUCUAGAUUUACUAAACAUGUGAAAUAUCAUUCGAUGCCGAUGAUCAAGUGUACAAUGUGCGACUUCCGGACGCCGUACAAGUGGAACCUGGACCGGCACAUGAAGAACCACGGCGGCUCGGGCAGCUUCCACUGCUCGAUGUGCAACUUCACGGCGGACAUCAAGCAGAGUCUGACGGUGCACGAGAUGAACCACCACACGCCGCCCAGCGGGCACUCGGCGUCCGUCCGCCGCCGCAACCGGGUGGGCGCCAGCGAGCUCACGCUCAGCGACGAGGCGGCGCACGCUCUCAUCACCAAGGAGGAGGAAGGGAGCGGCGACUCGCGAUCCUCGCACUCGGCCACGGACAUGGGUGUCCACGAGGCGGAUAUAGAAAUGAUUAGCUGCAAUAGUGGAUCCAACGACGCCACUGCACUCGACGCGCCUGCCAAGAGCGACGACUCGCAGGAUUUAUCCACCAACCAGUCUGCCAACAUGUCCAGUGACGAAACUAGGUCAAACAAGCAACCGAAAAAACGGCCGAUUCCUCAGCUGAUUCCUCUGAACGCCUCAACACCAAAUCAGAAAGCUCCAACUUCAGAGCCACCACUUAAGAAAAUCAAGGACAUGAUAACAAGUGUUAACGUAAAAACAGAGCCUGUGAAAUUGGAAAACUUACCUGCAGAUAUAUCAGUAACACCUGUAAAUACAACAGCCGUAACAAAGGAAACGCCGAUACGUAAGAAAAAUAACUCUUUCUUUGACAAGUUGAAAGAACGUUUACUAACAGAGACCGGGGAAAAUGGCUCCCUCGUGUGUAAAAAUUGCGGUUUCGAGAGCAAAUGUUUGUCGGAACAUUCAGUUCAUGAGAAAAACUGCUCUUCGCAGACAAACAAAGUUGUACCUAACAAUAUCCCCAGCCUUGGUUCCACACGUUGCCAGAACUGCCGGCACAGGUGCAAGUCCAGUGCAGAUUUGUACAUUCACAUGCAGACAUGCGGAAAGAGUGUUAAAACUGAGCCGGCGGCAGAGAAUAUUAAACAGGAAACGGAGGAGCCGUCAACUUCCAGCGGUGACCAACCGCAUCCAAUGGAAAACGUAGUUUUUGUUUGGAAUAACUUUGAUCAGAACGCCACCAAGUACGAGCAGCCAUUAGAUAUUAAUAUCAAUGAUGACUCUACUCAACCCGAACACAACAGAACGUUUGACCCUGAAACUGCUGACGAAAAUGAGGGCAUGAAUCUUUCGCCAAGUCAAGCGGUUGGUAAAAAGGUAUUCAAGUGUCCACAUUGUCCAUUCUGGGCAUCCACUGCAUCUAGAUUCCAUGUCCACAUAGUAGGACAUUUGAAUAAGAAACCUUUCGAAUGUUCAUUGUGCAAAUAUAAGUCUAACUGGCGAUGGGACAUAACAAAACACAUCAAGUUAAAAUCAGCCAGAGAUCCGGAACAUAACAGCGCAAAGGUAUUAAUGACAGACGAGACCGGCCGACGUAAUUACAGUAAAUACAACAAGUUCUUGGCAAUGCCCAUUCUUAACGAGGCCGGAGAGAAUGAAUUCCAUUACAUAGAUCAAGAUUCGGCGAAUGCAGACUUCUCAAUGGAUGUGGACGACUCAAUGAAUGAUACGAAUGAUGGCGCUAAUGCAUCAGCCGACGUGCCACUGGAUCUGCACACGCAAAACAAUGCGGACAACACGCAAGAAGCCAAGAAACCUAAACGAACGCUUUGGAAAUGCAAAAAAUGCAACUACAAGGACCCAUCUAAGGAAGCAUUGUUAGAACAUGUUCGUGAGCACUCCAGAGCUCCAGAUGAAGAGCCCAGACCGAAAAGGCCGGAGCCGAAAGAUCCUGGAGACUUGGCGUAUCGAUGCGGUCACUGCAAUCAACUGUCGAACUGGAAACACGUGAUACAGAGGCACUGCCGACUGAAGCAUGACGGAGUUAUCAAGGUUAUAGCUAUAGAAAAACCUAAGCAAGAUCAAAUAAAUGUGACCUUUACGGAAAUGGUCACCCAAGACUUCUGUACAAAAUGCCCCUUCAAGACAAAUGAAAAGGGCAAGCUCGCGGUCCACAUGCAGCAGCACACCCCGUCGCCACUGUCCAUCUUCAAGUGCUACUUCUGUCCAUACUUCGUGAAGAGUGAGGGUGAACUCUACGAACAUCUCGUUCUUCACGGAAUUACCGACCCAGAGGAAUACAUCUCGAAGGCAAUGGACGGAAAAUGUCUUGAGCAACAACCGCUGUCGACCGCCAAGCGGCAUCGCUGCAGCGACUGCCCCUACGAGACUAACAGCAAGUCGCAGUACAUGUACCACGAACAGUUCCACCGGCUGCCCGCGGACACUCCCUACAAAUGUCAAGAAUGCAACUACAGCGUUUCCAAGAGGCACCUCCUCCACCAGCACAUGAGAGUUCACGGUAUUUUUCCGAAAAAGGACGGAGAAUCCGAAACAGAUGCCUCCACUUCUGUAAUCGACGAGACUAUUAACCUCGAUGAAAUUCCGUAUGUCUGGGUUGCAGCAAAGAACGAAUUCCAUAAAAUGUUCAAGUGCAGAUAUUGCUCUUACGUGAAUUCACAAAAAUGCAAGAUACCCAAUCAUGAAAAGCUGCACACUCUCGUGUUUGAAAACAGUGAAUUAACAGUGCACAAAUGUUUGGAAUGCAAGUUUACCUGCGACAAUGCAUUUAGGCUGGCGGACCACUCCAAGAAACACGGCGAGUUGUACGGCCGCGUGUACGGGCCCGUCGAUCCGGACGUGCCUGAUGAAGAACAGAUAGCUCACCUCCGCUCUCUCAUAGAAGAGGAGAAGAAUGCAAUCAGAGAAAGUUUGGACAAUGACGACCCCAUAAGUAAAGAUAUUGAAGAGGGAAAAAUUCUGUACUUCUGUCAAAAAUGCCCAAGUCGAUUUUUCUCUGAAAGUGAGUUGAACGUACACGACGAAUUUCAUGACUUGACCUACCCUAACAAAUGUAAGAGUUGUGAAUUUUCUGUCCCUACGGAGAAUCAACUCACGUCACACAUUUUUAUUCAUACCGAUGAGUAUCGUACCAAAACAAAGAUGCUAAGAAUGGUGCACAGUUCACACCCCGAACACCAGGAGCCAUUAAUGGAGCUCCAGCACUCGCCCUCCUCGUCCGAGAUAACCUGGGUGGUGUCGCCGAUAUCGAGAGAAGCCUUUCAAAAAAAGUGUGACCCUGGCCACAAUAACAUCCCUGAGAUCAAGCAACCAAAACAGUAUUGUUGCAAAGAAUGUCCUGCUAAAUUCUUCAAGACCUCGACAUUGAACUAUCACAUGGGAUUACACGGCGGAGACGGUGAAAACAAAUGCAAAAAGUGUAGCUACGCCGUAAAGAACAUAGGCCACCUCGCCAAGCAUGAGCUGUUGCAUGAAACAGAGGGGAAGGCGCCCGCCUGCGACUAUGAGUCUGGAGAAGAUGUGGAUUACAAAAACAUUCCUCUCUCAGGCACGGACUUAUUCCAGCGUAAGACAGAGGCACAAAAAAGGGUUUUAAUUGAUAAAGACAAGCUAGUGAGACCGAAUGAUCAUUUUCCGCCAGUGCUACAAGCUGAUCCACAAUUUGGUUACUUGAUGCAUGGUAAUCCAGAAUUUAUAUACCCAACUUACUUGAAAAAUGGAAGACAGAAAGAGAAACGGUACAAAUGUCACAAGUGCCCUUCAGCAUUUGAAAAGAGAGAACAAUACAAAAUACAUCUUUCUCUACACGGAUCUAAGCAAAGAUACAAGUGUGAGCUGUGCGAUUACUCAGUGAAGUAUUACGCUAACUAUGUUCAGCACAUGCGGAAACAUCAGAUGAACGACGAGGCACAGGCCGAGAGACGGAAGGGAAACGGUGACUUUGCCGAGACCGUGACCACCCAGGACAUCCCGCACGACGACGGUGGGGAUAAUAUUAAAUUAGCGAUAAAAACAAUCCCAAAAAGCGUUCCAAAAAGUGAUUUCCAGCAAUUCUCUGUAAGCGACCAACAGACGUUGAGGCUGCUGCAGAGAUGGCGAUCGAAUAACAACACUAUCAAGGAGGAGACGGUCCCGGAGCCGCCGCCGGCUAAGGACCGCAAGCUGCACCUGUGUGUGCUGUGCCCCUACACCAACCAGCGCCAGGACGCGCUGCACAACCACUACAAGCGACACGACAAGGACGACGUCCUCAACGCCGGCUACCAGAAGUGCACCUUUUGCGAUCUCGUCGUCGUGCAAUCACACUUCCUCAGGGAUCACAUCAAGUCGCAUUUCGCAUACCAAAAGAAUUUAACACCACAGUGCUUUGUUGCGAAUGAGGACGUUAGUUUCACAGUAACAGAUAUUGAUGAAGAGGAUAGUCCUACGACGAGUCUUACCCUGGAAACAAAAUAUGCUGAUAAAUGCAAUGAUGAAAAAAUAUUCGUUAAAAUUUCAACAGGUGAAAUUGCUGUGGAAUGAAUAUUUUACAACAAAAACUGAUUUAAAAUUGUAUAAAUUACAUAAGGUAUUUUAAUUUUGUAAUUUAAGUUUACCAAAGUGUAGCUUGCCAUAUUAGUACUAGUUAAACUGGAUAGAAAGUAUGGUUAAUAUUAUGUGGUAUUUAAAAAAUGUUAGAUGCCUGAAAUAAUAUUGUAUAUUUAUAAGAAAACUAAUUUUAAAAGUAAAUUAGAAUUCAGAUUCCCUUAGAAAUUGAAUUAGAUUUGUUAUAGAUGUUACCGAAAUAUCAAUAUUAUUGCAUAAUUUCAUAAUUUGGUUAGGAUGAAGUUGCAUUAAUAGUUUUUAAAGAGAAAAUAAUUCUAUUUAGGUACCAAAAUUGCAGAAAAUAUUUAUGGUGAAAAAAUAAAUCCCUAGAGUAGUUAGGUAGUAUUAGGUGAUAGUACACAAUAUAUUAUUUUUACUAUGUAUUACAAGAAUUUUACCAAUAGUUUAUUUAGAUAUGUUUACUUAAUUAAACCUAGAUGUUAUCAUCAUCAGAAUUACAAGAGGGCAAUUGUGUUUUUGUAGCAAACUUAUUCUGUAAUUGGUCCAGAUUUGUGUUAAAGAGGUAAUGUAACAAAUUUUGCUUCAGUUACUACCUAUGUAUACAAUUUAAAAAUAUCUGUGAUUUUCUGAAACUAAGUAGGAUUUGAGUUGAAAAUUAAUAUUGUAUUAUGUGCCAAUAUUAAAAUUAUUAUUAUAGGUAUGUAUGGGAAAGGGAAGUGAGUGAAGCUUAGGGCCAGUUCCAUUAUUAUUUUUAAGUCCUAUAGGACACAUUCCUAAUUUUAAUAAGAUAGAAAUAAAAGAAUUAUUAAUGAAAA